UUGUGUUUAUAAAAUAAAAAAUCAUAAAAUCUAUCGUUUUUUGAGUAGCCAAAAGUUUUCAUCCAAACAAGUGGAAGGUGAUCACACUGAUAAAAAUCCAGUUUCACCAGGAACUUGGGAAAGAUGUCCCGAGGAAGGUGAAAAGGAACUGUCAGUUGGAAUUCUAGGUGGUGGAAUGACUCCGAUAUUCACAGCUGUUCUGCUUAAGCAGUCGAAGCUUUUCAGAUCAAUAAAUAUCGUGGAUGUAACAAAUUCGCUGGCUGGAGCGGUUUUUGAUGCCGGUCAUAUUGACACAAAGGCCAAGAUCAAGUAUUAUCGCAAGUCUUCGUUAAAGGAAGGGCUUUCCAACGUGGACAUAAUAGCCCUGAUGGAUAACGCCGAGGGUAAGAUCCUCAGCACAGAACCGAAGAUUCAGUUGAUGAUGUCCUCGAAUUACGUCAAAGAAAUGGCGAAUGAAAUAUCGAAUAUAAAUCCCUGUGCCCUCGUCGCUGUUUUUGCACGUCCGGUAACUGCCACUCUACCUCUCGUAUCCGAAAUUUUUAACAGAAGAAACUGCUGGGACCCGAAUAAGAUCCUGGGAUCAGUGGCUUUGGAUGUCAUGAGAAUUGAGUCAAUGGCUGCAAAUCUUUUCCAUUUAAAUCCUUCAUUUUUAUCGGUUCCAAUGACAGGUGGUGCUGAUUCCACAACCUCUGUUCCACUGUUGACAAUAGCCAAGCCCCUCAAUCACAUCAGUAGAGAGCACGAAAAAUUGUUGAUGAACCAGUUGAGAUCCUGUGACAGAGAGUUGGAAGAGUGCGCUGAAAAUUUUAAUGGUCCAGCUAUGUCUUCGGGUGCAGCUGCUGCCAGAUUCAUCUCAACUAUCGGACGUGCUCUCGCUGGAGAGACAAACGUCAAAUGCAGUGCUUACGUACGAUCCAACAUCAUACCCUUCUGUCGAUUUUUCGCCAAUGAAAUUGAAUUGGGGACCACUGGCAUCAAGAAUAAUUACGGCUUGCCAAAGGUAUCCCCGAUGUCUGUAAAUCUCAUUCAACGAGCUAUUCCUAUUAUUACUGAGUUAUCUGAUAUGGCUUGUCAACCAAUUGUAGAUCAAGAAGAUUUAUCAAUUUGUACUAAAAUGUAAAAUUGUAAAGUCAAUGUGAAUGUCAUGAAUUAA